ACACUUCUCAUCUCAAGGAAAAUUGACAAUGGCCGUCAACUUGUGUAAAUGGUAAUUUAGGGAUUUAGAAAUUGUUCGUUUUAAUUAUUUUAAUUAGAAAAAAAGUUAUAAAACAUAAAAAUUCCAAUUGUGAACAAGUUAUUGGACGUUGCCAUUGCUUGCAAUUGCAGAAUUUAUCAAGUUUAAAGUUUAAACAAUUGUCAUUUAGAAUUUAGUCUAAAGAUUAGAAAGGAGAAAAGAAAACACAUUCUACCAGGAAAAAGCCGAAAAAAUGAGUUCCAACAACAGCAGCACCAGCAGAAAGGAAACCGAAAGAACCAAAUUGAUUCAGGAGAAGUGUCAAACGCUCCUGACUCAGAUGCUUCGGGAUGAGGACAAUAAAUAUUGCGUGGAUUGCGAUGCAAAAGGUCCUCGUUGGGCAUCAUGGAAUCUAGGAGUUUUUCUAUGCAUUCGUUGUGCAGGAAUUCAUCGUAAUCUGGGUGUGCAUAUAUCACGUGUUAAGUCUGUUAAUCUCGAUACUUGGACACCGGAACAAGUGAUAUCUCUACAACAAAUGGGCAAUUCGCGUGCUCGUGCCGUCUACGAGGCCCAAUUGCCUGACGGAUUUCGUCGUCCCCAAACGGAUAACGCCCUCGAGAGUUUCAUUCGUGCCAAAUACGAGCACAAGAAGUACUUAGCCCGCGAAUGGGUACCACCGUCUCCACCAAAAGUUGAUUGGGCAAAGGAAAUCGACGAGGAACUUGAGCGACAAAAACGUAAGAAGAAAGCAGCACAAGCUGGUUCUGCAUUGGGCAUCGGAAUUGUUGGUGGGGGAAGUGAUAAAAAGACGACAUUGUCGUCUGCACAGAAAACACCUCUUCCCGCUCCCUUGCCAAAACCCAAGCCCUCAAAUAGUCCAAAGUCAAAUCGAAUAAGCGAAUCUUCUACAAACUCGAACCACAACAGCUCAUUGACUGGUGCGGGGACUUCCGAUCUCUUGGGUUUAGCAUCACCCACUAAACCAAUUUCCGGACUCGUUAACUUAAAUAAUGACUCACAUAACGAUACGUUUAGCGGUUUUCUAAGUGCUGCCCCAGUGGCUGCCUCAAACACACAUAAUUCCUCUAUGAGUGGAAACAUAGAUUCAGGUGCUGGAGUGGGAUCAAAUUCGCUUGCUAAAGAAGAGGAGGAUUUCUUUAGUCAAACAACUUCGCUUGGCAUUAGUGGUGAGAAGGACAAGGCCGGUAAGUUGACAAAGGACAGUAUAUUAGCCCUUUACGGGGCUGCACCCUCAACAAAUCCACAAUCAAAUCUGGGCGGUGGUCAGUUCAACAGCAAUCCUCUGGGUAGUGCAUUCAAUGGAAACUUGGCGCAAAACAAACCAUUUCCAGCGUUACUUGUCAACCCGAACGCAAAUACAGGUGGCAUGGGAAUGCCUCCAGGUCUGAUGGGUCCAUCCCAAGCACAGUUUAUGACACCACCGAAUUCAGCCAGUAUGUAUAAUGCGCCUGUGAUGACCGCUCCAGCAGCAUUCACUUCACCAGCAGGCGGAGGUAUGUCCUACCAUCCACAGAUGAUGGGAGUUCAAACGACUGGCUUUGCUCAGUUCCCACCAAUGCAGGCAACAUACCCUGCCGCAGGCGGAGCCCCCGGUAUGUACGCCGCUUUUGGCUCAGCUCCAAGUGGAGGAGGUGCUGGUGGCAUUAUGGCCACAGGGCAGGGCCUUAUGCAAAUGCAAAAUCCCGCACUUAAUCAGGGAUUAAUGGGCAUGCAAAUGAACGGACCAAUGGUGCAGCCUACGGCAACGGCAGCUACCUCAAACCUGAGUCAACAAUUUGGUAAUCUUAAUAUUGGUAAUGUUUGGCAAUAAAAGCCCUUAUCCCCUUAUGAGUCCUUCAUUUCUCAGAAUAUAAAGCAUUAUGCCCCUUAAAAAAAAUAUCUCUUCUUCUGUGUAAAUUGUGAUGUUUUAUAAUUGAAACAAGGUCUGUGUUCGAUGUACAAUGGGCUCUAAACGUAUUUUUUAGGCAUAUUUUCCAAAAACAAAAAUUACAAUAUUCAAACUUCCAAAAAAUGAAACUUAUCUCAUCCUGUUUUGAUUUUAUUAUUAUUUGCAGUAUUGUUAAAAUAAAUUAAAUUAAAAGUCGUCGAUGUAAAGUAAGGUGUGCUUAGUAAUAAAACUUUCAGAGCUAACCGCCACAUAUCUCCCAAAAUAAAAAACAAAACAAAAACAAUAAAUAAAAAUGUCCCACUGUUAAAAUCGAUACAAAAAUAUUACAGAUAUCUUUUUGCUCAUUAAUUUCUUUAAAAGAAUUUAUAUUAAAUAAAAUAAUAGAUCUACUUAAACAAAAUAACACUUAAAACAAAAGUUGUAACGAUAACGAAUAUGUGGACGUAAAUAUUGAUGAAAACGUAUUUUGGACGGAGCAAAUUCAAAUUUAAACAAAAAAUAUGAAAAAAUAAAAGUAUAAUGAUGAAAGCAUAAAAUUAUGUAUUAGUUAUAAAUAAAUAUAUAUAAAAAUAUAAAAUAAUAAAUAAGAAUAUAAUUUCAAUUUGAAAUAAACACGUGUAAAGUAAGAAUA